AUGAGCUUAAUGGAAAGAGAAACGACAAAGAAAACCAUCUUUUCCGCCAAAACUGUUGCAUGCACUAUCGUUUAUAGCGAUGGUUCCACUCUUCUUAAUCCAAAAUCAAAUUGUACUGAGAAUUCACGACAUGACAAUGACAAUGGUGAGGAUAGAUUGAGGAUGGUUAUGUUAUCAUUGCUCACACUAAUGACUCCUAUGUUCACCACUCUUCAGGAAAACAAUCUUUGGGAACUUUUCUCCAAAGUUGAAAUGAAGAUUGUCCCUAUUCUUGUUGAAAAGAUGAGGAGACUUGAGGAAGAUGGAAACAAGAUUCUUUUCGGUGAGCUUCAACUGGACAAAAAUAUCGAAAAGAAAGUUGCUAGAACACAAAUAAAUAACUACAAAUCAACUUCUGAAAACGUUCUUAGGAAGCUACAAGAUUUUCAUCCUCUACCAAAAAUUGUGCUGGAAUACAGAUCAGUAACGAAAGUGAAAUCUGCGUACGUUGAUGGCAUUUUAAACUUUGUUCAUAAUGGAACGUUGCACACCAGUUGGAUAUUUUAUGACAAUAAAUCAUUGUUCUCGGGUAAAGAGUUCGAAACGACAUUGAUUGUGCCAAGAAAAGCUUUCAAAAGUCGCGAAGGAUGGUCGUUUAUCUCUUCUGAUUUUCAAAGUAUUGAGUUGCGUUUGUUGACUCAUUUCUCAAAAGAUCCUUCCCUCCUUCGUAUAUUCAACGAAUGUUCAAGUGAUGUUUUUGUACAUUUGGCCGCUACGUGGUUAUCAGUAAAUCCAGAUUCAGUGAAGAGCGUAGACAGGGAGCGAGCAAAACGCGUCGUUUAUUCUGUAGUGUACGGAGUUGGCAAAGAGCGAUUGGCUGAUACUCUGAAUGUUAGUGCAGAAGAAGCAAAGUCAUUUACGACUAGUUUUCUUGGUACAAUACGACCUAUCCAUAUACUUUGCCAAUUGAAGCUAUGUUCAUUCAAAACUGCAUUCAAACAUGCAAAAGACAAGGUAGACUUUAAAAGAAAUUUCGUACUUUCUCACACUUUUUCAUUUGAUCCACUUGGCGGAGACUCACAUCUUUUUCACCCAGGCUACGUCACGACAAUCUUUGGACGUCGAAGAUUUCUACCAUUUAUAAAUUCUAAUAAUGCACAGUUACGCCUUCAGUCAGAAAGACAAGCAGUCAACUUUGUAAUUCAAGGUUCCGCAGCGGAUAUUUGUAAAAUGGGAAUGAUAAGUAUAGCAAAUGCCUUAGAAAGAAAAGAUCUGAAAAUUAAAGCUAGAUUGCUCGUUCAAAUUCACGAUGAGCUUGUCAUCGAAGUUCUUGAUGAAUGUCUUCAUGAUGUAAAGGGUAUGUUGUUUUAUUGCUUGGUUAAGAUUGUUUGA